CUGUCAUCUGGUCUGCUGUCAGAUCACCUGAGCAGGAAUCUAAUUUGCUUCAUUACUGGCUACCAGUGGAGUCAUGGCGAAGGAAAAGGACCAGACAGGAGCCUCCUGGCCACUACCUGAUGAGUUUCCUAAACCACAUAUGGAGGACAGAGCUGUGCUGAAUGGAGAGGCAGUUGAGGAUGCUUCUGCUACCAGAGAGGAAAGCACCAAAGAUCAGUCAGUAAAAUGCAACCCAAACCUGCUGCAGAUGCUGAAGGCAGCAGAGAGCAGGUGGACACCUCAGGGUCGGGACAGAGACGAUGCAGAGGCUGAGACAGGAGAGCUGGUGACUGAAGCUCUGAAGACUAAUAUGCAAAUACAGUUCACUGACCAGAAGCAAGAAUUCAACAAACGUCCCACCAAGGCUGUUCGUCGCUCUCUGUCUCGUUCCAUCUCACAGUCGUCUACAGAUAGCUACAGUUCUGUGUGUAGUGACAGCUCAGAGGAUGACUCUUCUCCCAGAGACAAGCUUCAGAAGACCUCCAAGGGCCUUUCUGACUUCUGCGUCAAAAACAUCAAACAGGCUGAGUUUGGACGCAGAGAAAUAGAAAUCGCACAGCAAGAAAUGCCAGCACUGAUGGUCCUGAGGAAAAGAGCAGGUGGGGAGAAACCGCUGGCUGGAGCCAAAGUGGUGGGCUGCACACACAUCACUGCACAGACAGCGGUGCUGAUUGAGACUCUGUCUGUGUUGGGAGCUCAGUGUCGCUGGGCGGCCUGUAACAUCUUCUCCACUCAGAACGCUGUGGCUGCUGCUCUGGCUGAAGGAGGCACCUCAGUGUUUGCGUGGAGAGGAGAAUCAGAGGACGACUUCUGGUGGUGCAUUGACCGAUGUGUCUGUGCUGAGACCUGGCAGCCCAACAUGAUUCUAGAUGACGGAGGAGACCUGACCCACUGGAUCUAUAAGAAGCACUCGAGCCUGUUCAAGAAGCUCAAAGGCAUCGUGGAGGAAAGUGUUACGGGCAUAUAUCGGUUGUACCAGCUGUCAAAGGCAGGCAGGCUGUGCGUCCCAGCCAUAAACGUUAACGACUCGGUGACCAAGCAGAAAUUUGACAACCUUUAUUGCUGCAAGGAGUCCAUACUGGACGGGUUGAAGCGAACCACUGACGUCAUGUUUGGAGGAAAACAGGUGGUGGUGUGUGGAUAUGGUGAGGUUGGCAAAGGUUGCUGUGCUGCCCUGAAAGCGUUGGGUGCUGUCGUAUACGUCACAGAAGUGGAUCCCAUUUGUGCCCUUCAGGCCUGCAUGGAUGGCUUCAGACUGAUUAAACUGAGUGAAGUGGUCAGACAGGUAGACAUGGUCAUCACCUGCACAGGCAAUAAAAACGUGGUGGGGAGGGAACAUCUGGACAGAAUGAAGAAUGGCUGCAUAGUCUGCAACAUGGGACACUCCAGCACUGAGAUAGAUCUGGCGAGUCUGCGGACUGCAGAGCUGAGGUGGGAGCAUGUGAGGUCUCAGGUGGACCAUGUUAUCUGGCCUGAAGGCAAGAGAAUCGUCCUACUGGCUGAGGGCCGUUUGCUGAAUCUGAGCUGCUCCACAGUGCCCUCAUUUGUCCUCUCCAUCACCGCUACAACUCAGGCACUGGCUCUCAUAGAGCUGUACAGCGCUCCAGAGGGACGAUACAAACAUGACGUGUACCUGCUGCCAAAGAAGAUGGAUGAAUUUGUGGCCAGUCUUCACCUGCCGACGUUUGACGCUCACCUCACAGAGCUGACUGAUGAACAGGCCAAGUACCUGGGCAUCAGCAAGCAUGGACCCUUCAAACCCAACUACUACAGGUAUUAACCCUCUGGACAUAAAGCUGAGCGACAGAAGCUAUUCAGAUGUGCUGUUGUGGAUUUUAUUUUGGAAAACCCCUCACAGUCCUGCACCCUGACACCCUCUACAGUCUGAAUCUUACCCAGACUCGAUAUCGUGGAGAGACAGUGGAUAAGGACUCCUAACUUCUGUGUGUGUGCGGUUGUAUCUGUUUUAUGUGUUACACUGUUUCUGAAUUUAAAUGUUCACAGUAUCCAGAAUGAAUUCUGGAUACUGUGAACAUCCACAGUGAAUUCUGAUUUGAAACUAAAAGAGUUCAAAUGAAGAGAAACACAAAGUGCUGAAUGGGAGUUAUUUACUCUCCUUGAAAUAAUAACAAUACCAUUUAUUAAUUGGAUCAACAAUCAGGAACAAAUAUAUUUAACAUACCACAUGUAGACUAUAAAUUGACAUCUCAAGUGAUCACUGAAAAAUAGAACACUCUAAAAUAGUUUCAUGUCUCAUGCCCUAUUAUCCUGAUUUAAAUCUAAUCACCACUUUUACCUAAACUUAUCAUUAACCUUAAUUAUUCACAGCUUUGUUGAAUACUCGAUUCUGAUUGGUCAAUUACGGCAUUCUACGGUCUGUUAUUUCUGAAUAACAGACCUAAUAACAGCUAUGGAUGCAGUUCUGAUCAUAGACUCUGGAGUCCAAUCAUAUCAUUUUAAAAUCAAUCAAAUCAAUGUUUGGUGUCAAAUUAUUGAUUUCUUUAGUAAGUAUCUGUGUAAUAAGCGGGAUAAUAUACAGCAAGGUUAAUUUCGCAAUAAUGACCGGCUCGCUGUACAUUAUCCCUUACAUAAGAUAUUAUAAUAAAAAGAACAGUUUUGCUCUUUCUCAAAGCUUUC